AUGGCAUCGUCAAGCUUCCAAAGCGACGUCGACAACCUCUCCUUACUCGCUGGUCAUACAUCAACGUCGUCACUUAGCCUUCUUGCUUCACGGGGGGGCGACACCGAGCUGCCAACCGCCCAAGAUAUGCACCCAGAAUCUUCCGUCUUUAUUGCCGAUUUAAUCCUGAUACUAGCGAUAACCAUCUAUAUUUUUCUUACCAUAUAUAUGAUGUGGAAGUACGUCUCGGUAUUAGCGAUGAAGGAAUGGGUUCUAUGCGCACGUCGAGGGUAUCAAAGAAGCAACAGACACAGCGCGCGCCCUGCCAUAGACACGGAGGCAGAGGGGAACUAUAAUACACUCGAAGAACACGACUUGAGUGACGACGAGGACGGAGAAGGUAUACAGCUGCUACAGCAGACAUCGAGCGACCUGGUGGCCCCAGAUGUUGCUGUCAACAGCUCUCAGCAUCGAGGAAGGGAGACAGAGGUAUCUCCAUCUCGAUCUGCAUCUCACACUCGCGACCACUCAGACGAUAUUACUUCACUUGGUAUUUCUAAAUACUUUCAUCCCGAAACAGAGCGGCUUCGAGAUGACAUUUUAGGGCCUACAGAAACAGCACUGGAUAGGAUGUGCGCAGCUCCUGAGGAUGGGAUACAUGGGAAUCGCCCCUGGUAUAAGCCGAUUGAAAGGUUCUCAGACAGACUUAUCCUGAAAGCUCAGGCAUGGCUUGAUGGUGAGCAGGAGAGUAUUGAAGAUACGAGACGGGAGCAGGAGUCGAGAAUGCUAUGCGAUGGAGAGAGGAACAGAGCUGUCCGACAGAUUUUACUUGCGCGACAAGAUGAGAAUGAUGGAAAUGGCGAGAAUGACUUGUAUUAA